ACUUCACAACACAACAUGUGUACAGUCAUUGAGGGUUGUGAACCGGCAUCUUGCCUUAUCACACUUACUAUGACUCACCUUCUAGGAGCAUGUCGAGCAUUGUGCACCUCUGCGGUGUCAAGCAUCUCCGAGUACCUGCUACAGCAUACCUUCCAACACACAGGAACUAUAUUGAACCAAGUGAGAUGCAUGUCAACACUGAACCAGAUGCACAGACGAGGGGCUUUCAAAAGGCCACCACCUAAACCCGGUCCGCUUGAUUGCCGUCCAUUUCUUCGUGGGGUUGUCUUAAGAACUCUUAUUAAAAAACCAAAAAAACCAAACUCUGCAAAUCGGAAGUGUGUACGAGUCCGAUUAAGCAAUGGUAAAGAAGUAACUGCAUACGUACCUGGGGAGGGCCACAACCUCCAGGAGCACAGUGUUGUGCUCGUUAGAGGGGGAAGGGUGCAAGAUCUCCCAGGGGUCAAGCUUAAAUGUGUCCGAGGAAAAUAUGACUUGACACAUGUCAAGAAAGACAAGAAAUGACCCCAGUGUCUAUGAAUAGAAGAGUGACUAUGCCAUGUUAGACAACUAGACAUGAUGGAACAGUGUUUCUGCCAGCGCAUAAAUAAGAGACAAACAUUUGAUUUUUGUCCAAAAAAAUUAUCAUAUAACAUUGCAUGGCAUCUUCUAGUAUGAAUAAAAGACUUACAAAAUAUUAA